CCAGUAUACUCUGCUAACUACCACAUACCAGUCCCCUGCUCCCGCUCGCUGCACCUAUCUUUCUUUAACCCUGUAAAGAAGUCCUCUGUAGCAACUGCUCCCUCCUCUGUUCCAGCCUCCAGCUCUUCUCUGUCUUCAGCUGCUCCAUUCAUUUACAGACCUGUGUUUACUUACAGUGCUCCAUUACCAUCCUGCCAGUUGACUCAGAGCCCGCUGUCCGUUGCUUGGUCGAGAUCCCAUGCCUGCUGUCAUGCCAGUUGGACUCAGAGCCCACUGUUGUGCCUGAUGACUCGGUGCUCACUGCCUUGCCAGAUGACGCAGUGCCCCGCUGUCAAGCCAGAUGACCUGAUGCCUGGUGACCCGAUGCCCGCUGUCAAGCCAGACGAUCCAAUGCCUGAUGACCCAGUGCCCCGUGUCAUGCCUGGUGACCCGAUGCCCGCUGUCGUGCCUGAUGACCCAAUGGCCCGCUGUCCAGCCAGACGAUCCAAUGCCUGAUGACCCGGGUGGUACUCGCUGUUGAGCCAGAUGACCUGAUGACAGAUGACCCGGUGCCCACUGUCGAGCCAGAUGGACCCGAUGCCUGAUGACCCAGUGCCCGCUGUUGUGCCUGGUGACCCGG